AAAAAAUUCACGUUCAUUUCCUCUGGUCGAAAAAAUCACAGUCCACCAAAAAGAAGAAGAAGGAGAAAGUCUCGAAACUCCUCUUUUUAUUUUCCCAUUUCAUUUCAACAAUUCUCUUCUCUUUCCCCCAAAUCAUAUUCAAACCGCUGAAAAAUUAGGUUUUUCAUUCCUCCAAGAUUUCCUUCCGAUUUCGCUUUCACGACUCCUUUUUUGUUGUUUUCUUCGAAUCCUUGAAUCGAAGACUUUCCAGUUUUCUCAGCUCAGAUCCUCUGUAUAAAUUCUCUAUAUCUGUAUAUACUGUAAAGAAGAAAAAGAAAAAGCAGAAGGAUUAGUUAGGCUUCUGUUUUUCUGUUUUUUUGUUAGAUUUUUGUUAGAAAUUUGGGAUUGAAUUUCUUCUUUCAUUUCAUUCUGGUGGUGUACAUAAUUUGGAAAUAUCAAUUGACUUUUUAGGGUUCGUGCUUUUUGUGAUUUGAUUUUCUUGGAAUUAUGCCGGUUCCGACGAUUGCGUUGUAUGCAAGCCCGCCGAGCAGUGUUUGCUCGACGGCGCAUCCUUGCCAGAUAAAUUCGCACGUCUCUUAUGAAUACGAUUUGAAUUCUCGAUCGUCUCCGGCGUCGACGACGACGGCGGCGUCUCCGUCGCCGGCGUCCAAGCCGAUUAUUGGUGGCCUCUCGCGGUUGCUUUCGUCUCAACCGCCGGUCAAACACGCGAGUUAUUCCAGCUCGGCGGAGGAAUUCGGGUCGGGUUUGUGGCAUGACCGGGGCGGAGAGGAACUAAGCUGCGGCGGCGGCUCAUUCCGGUACUCUUCGUUGAGCAGCUUGAGCUCAUCAUCUCUGAAGCGAGAUCUGGGUUAUCAGAGUCCUGUGUCGGUGCUGCACGGUCCGGUUUCUGGCAGCAGUUGCAGCAGUGCAAUUGGAUCCGCUUCCUCGUUGUCAAGGAGUCCGCCGAAUUUGAGAAUUGGUGGUGAAAGCAUAAGCUCCGUCCGAUCUGGAAGUGGGGGUUUAUUUGAUAGGUUUGUUCGCCAUGCUUUAGGGUCGUGUGUUGAUUAUGAUUCUCCGUGUUUUGAAGUUCAUAACGUCGUAGAUUCUGCUUCCGGCACUGUUGACGAGUUGACGUUUAAUAUGGAGGAUAGUUUCACAGAAUCUAGUGUAGAACCGAAUGUUAAAGAUCUGCUUUUGAAGGCACAAUAUAGACAUAAGAUAUUUUAUGAUGAUGUUGUUGUAAAAGCUUUUUAUGAAGCUGAGAAAGCUCACAGAGGACAGAUGAGGGCGAGUGGCGAUCCAUAUUUACAGCACUGUGUGGAAACUGCGGUUUUGCUGGCGAUGAUUGGUGCUAACUCCACAGUAGUAGCGGCAGGGCUAUUACACGACACCCUUGAUGAUGCUUUUGUGACUUAUGAAUAUAUCUUCCAGACGUUUGGAGCUGGAGUGGCAGAUUUGGUUGAAGGGGUUUCUAAACUGAGCCAAUUGAGCAAACUUGCACGUGAAAAUAAUACAGCGUGGAAAACUGCUGAAGCAGAUCGCUUGCACACUAUGUUCCUUGCAAUGGCAGAUGCUAGAGCAGUCCUUGUAAAAUUGGCUGAUAGAUUGCAUAAUAUGAUGACAUUGGAUGCCUUGCCAUUGGUUAAGCAGCAGAGGUUUGCUAAGGAAACCUUGGAAAUAUUUGCACCUCUGGCCAACCGUUUAGGAAUUUCCACCUGGAAGGAGCAGCUAGAGAAUCUCUGUUUUAAGUAUUUGUAUCCUGAUAAUCACAGGGACUUGUCAUCUAGACUUUUGAAGUCCUUUGACGAGGCAAUGAUCAUCUCUAAUGUGGAGAAAUUGGAGGAUGUUCUUAAGAAGGAAGGCAUUUCUUAUCAUGAUCUUUCUGGGAGGCAUAAAAGCUUGUAUAGUAUCUACUACAAAAUGAUGAAGAAGAACUUGAGUAUGAACGAGAUACAUGACAUUCAUGGGCUGAGGUUGAUAGUUGAAGAUGAAGAUGAUUGUUAUAAAGCAUUGAAGAUUGUUCAUCGACUAUGGUCUGAAGUACCUGGAAGGUUCAAGGACUAUAUUGCAAAGCCAAAGUUUAACGGGUACCAAUCUCUUCACACGGUAGUUUUAGGAGAGGGAACCGUCCCUCUUGAAGUCCAGAUUCGGACAAAAGAGAUGCACUUGCAGGCUGAGUAUGGGUUUGCAGCACACUGGAGGUACAAGGAAGGAAAUUGUAAACUUUCUAACUUUGUGCUUCAGAUGGUUGAGUGGGCACGCUGGAUCGUUACUUGGCAGUGUGAGGCCAUGAACAAGGACCAAAAUUCAGUUGGUUACUCUGACACCUUCAAGCCACCUUGCAAAUUUCCUUCUCACAGUGAGGAUUGCCCUUACUCUUGCAGACCCAAUUGCGGACCGGAUGGACCUGUUUUUGUGAUCUUAAUUGAGAAUGAUAAGGUUUGUUACUGCUGCUUUUAAAAUUUGUGAUGGUAUUGUUCUCUUAUUUUGUCUUUGUUGCCACAUUGAUCUUGCGAACUUUUAUUUGCAUCUGUUGUACGUGAGUGUUGAAGUGAAGAAGGAUUUGUUUUAGGAUCUUAAAUGUUAUUAGCCAAUGCAAUGACUCACUGAGUAUUUGUGUUGCAGAUGUCAGUGCAGGAGUUUCCAGCAAACUCUACCAUAAAGGAUGUUCUUGAGAGAGCGGGGUUUUCUCGAUGGACUCACUACGGAUUUUCUCUAAAGGAGGAGCUUAGGCCAAGGCUAAACCAUGCGGCUAUUAGUGACCCUACAUGCAAGUUAAAGAUGGGGGAUGUGGUGGAGUUAACUCCGGCAAUUCCGGACAAAUCAUUGGUGGAAUAUAGGGAGGAGAUUCAACGAAUGUAUGACAGGGGACUUACUGUCCCAUCUCCAAUGGCAUCUGCAAUUUCAAUGGUUGGGUCACGAAGCUAACCCACAGGGUACAAAAUUCAUGUCGUAGUUGUAUCGUGUAAUCCUCAUUCUUGUAUAUAUAUAUAUAUAUGAACCAUAAAAUUGUGUACAUAAUUUGCUUUAUGAGGAAUGGCUAACUGCAUUUCUUAGAUUCAUCCUUACGUAUAUUUUUCUAUGCGAUAUUCGUAUCAAGGUUAGUGUCCAUUGUUCCAUGCACAAGUUACUAACGACUGCCAAGGACAAUGAAGUCGUGAUUGCCUUUGCUGUGUUUGGACUUUGGUGUAUCGCGGACAUGCCAUGUUCUCUUAUAUGCAUCUCAUGUGUCCCCGAGUCCGCGAGACUGAGAACUAGUGAGCUUUUCUCGUGGGAAAUGGAUGGAUAUAAUUAGGAGUACUUGAGAUAAUUCGUCAGGAUCUAUAGUAACUAAGGCGUUACUUUGAAGUUAUCUAGGUUUCCUUUCUGUUACCAUCCAAAACUUCAACAUUGUAACUUUGUAAGCAUAUGUCUUGACCCCUCUGAAUUCGAUUUCCGAUGGAUAUAACUCUUGGAAAAAUGAAAAGAGCAGGUCCUGAAAAUGUGAAAUAGCCCUAAAUAAAGACGCUGAAUCCGGCAAAAUAUUGCGACACCUUGUUCCUGGUUGUGUAUGUACAUCAAUGGCUUGACAAUUCCGGUGGAA